AUGAAGAACAAUCAAUUCCACUUUUGGAUUUUCGAAUUGCGAGAAAUUUUUAGAGAGAGCAAGAAUUGUGCCUAUUUCUUAGAUUCCUGGACGCAAUUCAAUUCAGCGAUAUCUGUCAUUCACAUUUUUUUGCAUCAAGAGAGUUUGAUAAAAGUCUUAGACUCCAGAAUUUGGAGUAUCCUAGUUUCACGUCAGUCACAGGGUUUAACAAGAAAUCGAUAUUUCACGAUCAAGAAUGUAGUACUUUUUGUAGUAGCGAUCCUUCUAUAUCGUAUUAACAAUCGAAGGAUGAUCGAAAAAAAAAAUAUUUAUUUGACAGGGCUUCUUCCUAUACAAAUAAAUUCCAUUGGAUCCGGCAAUGAUAGAUUGGAAGACUCAAAAGAUUCGUUCAAUAUCAAUAGGUUGAUUGUUCCGCUCCUGUCUGGUCCAAAAGAAAAAAAGAUCUCUGAUCGCUCUUUUUUCUCGGACAGAUGGUCCCAACUUCAUCUGGAUUUGAAUCCUACUGAGAAGUCCGCUCAAGAUCUUCAAUUAUUAAAGAAAGAAGAAGAUGUUUCUUUUGUUCUUUGGAGGAAAUUGGAAAAGAAAGAACUAGCCAAUAUAGUCAAGAUAAUCAUGUAUUUACAAAAUAAUGUCUCAAUUCAUCCUAUUUCAUCCGAUGGAGGAUGUGAUAGGAUUGCAAAGGAGAAACUUUUGACAGUUCAAAAUAAUAAUUCAUUCUUGACCAAAAAUCUAGUUUUUGGUUUAUUUCAUCUAUUCCAUGACCAGAAUAGGGGGGGGUACUUGUUACAUCGCAAUUUUCAAUCAGAAGAGAGAUUUCAAGAAAUGGCAAAUCUAUUUAAUCUAUCACUAACUAAGCCGGAUCUGGUCUAUCGUAAUGGAUUCUCUUUUUCUAUUGGGUUUUCUGAACCGGAAUCAAAAAAAAAAUCUUUAUUGGUUCUGCCGCGGCUUUUUGACGAAGCGAAUGAAUCUUUUUAUCCAAAGAUCAUAAAAAAAUGGGUCCAGACCUCUUGUGGGAAUUAUUUUCAAGGUAAUCGAUUCAAUCGCAACUUCGAAUAUGUACUUCAAAGGUAUCAAAAUGAUAUUCUGAAUCAUAGACCUAUAAGGAAACACACGAUCAAUCAACGUUUCUCAAAUUUGAAAAAGAGUCAGAAGAAAUGCUUUGAUCGUCUUAUUUUUAUUUAUCGAACCGAGAGAUCCGUGAAUAAGGAUCCAAAUGCAUAUAAAUACAAAUGGUCCAAGGGGAGCACAAAUUUCCAGGAACAUUUGGACCAUUUCAUUUCUGAGCAGAAUAGUCGUUUUAAAGUAGUGUUCGAUCGAUUACAUAUGAAUGCAUAUUCGAUUGAUUGGGCUGAGGUUAUCGACAAAAAAGAUUUUUCUAAGUCACUUUGUUUCUUUUUGUCCAAGCUUCUUCCCUUUUUGUCUAACUCACUUCCUUUUUUCUUUGUGAGUUUCGGGAGUAUGCCCGUUCAUAGGUCCCAGAGCCAUAUGUAUGAAUUGAAACGUAUGAAUGAUGCACUCGAGAAUCAGUUGUUAGAAUCAAUAGGUCUGCAAACGGUUCAUUUGAAAAAAAGGAAAUCCCCAUUAUUGGAUGACUAUUAUACUUCUCAAAAAUCAAAAUUCUUGAUCAAUGAAGGAACAAUAUUACCAUUUUUGUUCAAUAAGAUACCAAACCAAGACAAUUGGCUGAAUCCUGUGAAAUGUUUUCAUAGAAGUUCAUUGAUUUCCUCUUUUUAUAAAGUAAAUCGACUUCGAUUCUUGAAUAAUCAAUAUAACUUCUCUUUCGAUUGUAACAAAAGAUUCUCUUUUUAUGGGGAAAGGUCCUAUAAUUAUGAUUUUAUGUAUGAACAAUUCCUCAAUGUCUUGUUCAUUCGAAAGAAAAGAUUUUCUUUGUGCGGCGGUAAAAAAACACAUGCUUUUUUGGACAGAGAUACUAUUUCACCAAGCGAGUUAGAGGUCUCUAAGAUAUUGAGACCGAAGAAUUUUCCGCAAAGUGGUGAUGACGGAUAUGACUUGUACAAAUCUUUCCAUUUUUCAACUCGUGUUCCUAGAUCUAUUUACUCGAUCGCGGACAUUUCUGGAACACCUCUAACAGAGGAAGAAAUAGUGAAUUUGGAAAGAACUUCUUGUCAACCUCUUUCCCCUAUUAAUUUAUCUGAUUCAAAAAGGAAGAACUUGCAUCAGUAUCUUGAUUUCGAUUCAAACAUGGGUUUGGGUUUGCUUGACACUCUAUAUUCUGAAAAAUUUAUACCAUCCGCAAAGAGGAAAAAACCUCUAAAAAAAUUCCUUGGAAAAGGGCAGAUGUAUAGAAACUUUCAAAGAAAAAGAAAAAGAAAGAGUAUUUCUUCAAUUCUCUCCAAAUUGAAGCGAUUACGCCCGUAUAUAAUACCGUUGUUCCUUACCUGGACAGGGCACAAAUAUAUCAAUUUCAUAUUUUUAGAUACUCUUUCAGACCUAUUUGCGAUACUAAGGAGGAGUCCUCAAUUUAAAAAAUUUGUAUCUAUUUGGCAGAAUAUUAUGCAUGGAUCCAAGGGAAGUCUUCGGAAAAAACUGUGGGGAAUUCUUCGGAAAAAACUGUGUCUUUCACAACGGAAUCGUAUAAGUGAGAUUUCGAGUAAGUCUUUCCAUAAUUUUCUUGUAGACAUGUACAAAGAUCUUUUUCACACAAAUAAUGAGUCACCAUUCAUAUCGACACAUCUGAGAUCACGAAAUAUUGAGGAGUUCCUGGUUUCAAUCCUUUUACUUCUUCUUGUUACUGGAUAUCUUGUUUAUACACAUCUUUUCUUUGUUUCUCGCUUCUCUAAUGAGUUACAGACAGAGUUCGAACAGGUCAAAUCUUUGAUGAUUCCAUCCUACAUCAUUGAAUUGCGAAAACUUCUGGAUAGGUAUCCUCUAUCAGAACAAAAUUCUUUCUGGUUAAAGGAUAUCUUUGGAGUUGCUCGAGAACAAUUAGGAAAUUUUUUAGAAGAAAGGCGAGGUUGGCCUUCUGGCGGGGACAUCCCAAGGGGUGGUGGUUUCGCUGAUGGGGUCAAAUCCAUACGUUCGAAGAAGAACGGUUUUAAUCUCAUGGAUCUCAUAAGUAUUAUACCAAAUCCCAUCAAUCGAAUCGCGUUUUUGAGAAAUACGAGACAUUUAAGUCAUACAAGUAAAGCAAUCUAUUCAUUGAUAAGGAAAAGAAAAAACAUGAAUAGUAAUUGGAUUGAUGAUAAAAUAGAAUCCUGGAUCUCGACUAGUGAUUUCAUUGCUGAUAAAGAAAGAGAAUUCUUGGUUCAGUUCUCUACCUUAACGACAGAAAAAAGGCUGGAUCAAAUUUUAUUGAGUCUGACUAAUAGUGAUCAGUUAUCAAAGAAUAACUCUGGUUAUCAAAUGAUUGAGCAACCAGGAACAAUUUACUUACGAUAUUUAAUUGACAUUCAUAAAAAGGAUCUGAUGAAUUAUGAGUUCAAUACAUCCUGCUUAGCAGAAAGACGGGUAUUCCUCGCUCAUUAUCAGACAAUCACUUAUUCAGAAAUCCCGUGUGGGGCUAGUUGUUUGGAUUUAUCAUCUCAUGGGAAACCCUUUUCGCUACGCUUAGCCCUAUCCCCUGCUAGGGGUAUUUUAGUGAUAGGUUCGAUAGGAACUGGACGAUCCUAUUUGCUCAAAUAUCUAGCGACAACCACCUAUGUUCCUUUCAUUACAGUAUUUGUAAACAAGUUCCUGGAGAACUUUCCUAAGGGUUUUGAUAGUGAUGAUAGUGAGGACGACAUGGAUGAUAGUGACGAUCUCGACCGUAAGCUUGAUAGCCAGUUGAAGUUUCUAAGUAUGGAGGAUCCGGUAUCUAGCGAUCUGAUGGAAAUAGACCGGUUUUAUCUCACGCUUCAAUUCGAAUUAGCAAAAGCAAUGUCUCCUUGCAUAAUUUGGAUUCCAAACAUUCAUGAUCUGGAUAGGAAUGAGUCGAAUGACUUAUCGCUGGAGAGAUGGUUUAGAACCAAUAGUUCAGUAUCAAAUGAAUUUUUUCGUUCUAAUACUCUAUACGAGAGUUAUCAAUAUUUAUCAAAUCUGUUCCUAUCUAACGGAACCCUAUUGGCUCAACUCACAAAGACAUUGUUGAGAAAAAAAUGGCUUUUCCCAGACGAGAUGGUUGUGACUAUCUGUUCCAAUAACGAACGAUUGGUUUAA